UCUCCUGCAGCCCCAGCCAUGUCCUGCUAUGACCUGUGCCGGCCCUGCGGCCCCACCCCGCUGGCCAACAGCUGCAACGAGCCCUGUGUGAGGCAGUGCCAGGACUCCCGCGUGGUGAUCCAGCCCUCGCCCGUGGUGGUCACUCUGCCCGGGCCCAUCCUCAGCUCCUUCCCCCAGAACACCGCCGUGGGAUCCUCCACCUCCGCCGCCGUGGGCAGCAUCCUGAGUGAGGAGGGAGUGCCCAUCAACUCGGGGGGCUUUGGGCUCUCGGGGCUCUCCGGCCUCGGUGGCCGCUACUGCGGCCGCAGGUGCCUGCCCUGCUAG